AUGAGGAAUAAUAGGGCUCAUGUAAAAUUCCCUGUUGAUUAUCCAUAUUCACCUCCCUCUAUUCGUUUCCUAACAAAAGUUUGGCAUCCUAAUGUAUACGAGAAUGGGGAUCUCUGUAUAUCUAUUUUACAUCCACCUAUUGAUGACCCUCAGAGUGGAGAACUGCCUUGUGAACGCUGGAAUCCAACACAAAAUGUUAGGACAAUAUUACUAAGUGUAAUAUCAUUGCUAAAUGAACCUAACACAUUUUCUCCUGCCAAUGUUGAUGCAUCGGUUAUGUAUCGUCGCUGGAAAGAGUCUAAAGGAAAAGAUAAAGAAUAUGAAAACAUCAUAAGGAAACAAGUGUUAGCAACUAGAAGUGAAGCUGAAAAGGACAAUGUAACAGUUCCAACGACUUUAGAAGAAUAUUGUAUUAAACAUAGAGCUAAACCAAAAGAACGGGAAGCAGACAUGACAGAUUUUUAUGAUGAUGACUAUGGUGAUGACAUGGAAGAUGAUGAUGAAGAUGAAGAAGAAGAAAUUCAUGAUGAUAAUGAAGAUUCAGGGAAUGGGGAAUUGUGAUGCUGUGUGUUGAAAUAUAUAAGCAUUGUGUGCAUGUGCAGGGUGUAAUGAUACUUUCUUAAAACUUUUGUAUCCCUGUGCGUGAAGGGAACUGCAUUUCAAUUUAUGGAAAUAUUGCUGGAAAGUUAUUUAGCUUAAAUUAAUAGUUUGAGCAGUAUGUAUUGUGUUGUGUGUAAAAGCAUAAAUUAUUUGAAAAAUAU